AGCGGUGCUCGGGUCCGGGAGCAACAUGGCGGCGUCCGUGAGGGGCUGGCUAGCUUUGCGCAAAGGUAGCGUUUAGUGUUGCUGUCUCGCAUGAUAUUGAGCGGCUGAAGCUUUCCUGGACCACCUAACUUAAGGAAGAGUGUAGUGGUAGGCGGACAGCUUUAGUGACCGGCUAUCCGCUCUCAUCCCCCAAAAGGAGCAGAGUCCUGAGCACUGAUCAAGAUGAGCAACAUCUACAUCCAGGAGCCUCCCACGAAUGGGAAGGUUUUACUGAAAACUACAGCUGGAGAUAUUGACAUAGAGUUGUGGUCAAAAGAAGCUCCUAAAGCUUGCAGAAAUUUCAUCCAGCUUUGUUUGGAAGCUUAUUAUGACAAUACCAUUUUUCAUAGAGUUGUGCCUGGUUUUAUAGUCCAAGGGGGAGAUCCUACUGGCACAGGGACUGGUGGAGAGUCAAUCUAUGGAGCCCCAUUCAAGGAUGAAUUUCACUCACGGUUGCGUUUUAAUCGGAGAGGACUGGUUGCCAUGGCAAAUGCUGGUUCUCAUGAUAAUGGCAGCCAGUUUUUCUUCACCCUGGGCCGAGCAGAUGAACUUAACAAUAAGCACACCAUCUUUGGAAAGGUUACAGGGGAUACAGUAUAUAACAUGCUGCGACUGACAGAAGUAGACAUUGAUGAUGAUGAAAGACCACGUAAUCCACACAAGAUAAAAAGUUGUGAGGUUUUGUUUAAUCCUUUUGAUGACAUCAUUCCAAGGGAAAUUAAAAAGCCAAAAAAAGAGAAACCAGAGGAGGAAGUAAAGAAAUUGAAACCCAAAGGCACAAAAAACUUUAGUUUACUUUCAUUUGGAGAGGAAGCUGAGGAAGAAGAGGAGGAAGUAAAUCGAGUUAGUCAGAGCAUGAAGGGAAAAAGCAAAAGUAGUCAUGACUUGCUUAAGGAUGAUCCACAUCUCAGUUCUGUUCCAGCUGUUGAAAGUGAAAAAGGUGAUGCAGCAGAUUUAGAUGAUGAUGGAGAAGAUGAAAGUGCAGAGCAUGAUGAAUGUAUUGAUGGUGAUGAGAAGAACCUGAUGAGAGAAAGAAUUGCAAAAAAGUUAAAAAAGGACACAAGUGCAAAUGUUAAAUCAGCUGGAGAAGGAGAAGUGGAAAAGAAAUCAGUCAGCCGCAGUGAAGAGCUCAGAAAAGAAGCAAGACAAUUAAAGCGGGAACUCUUAGCAGCAAAACAAAAAAAAGUAGAAAGUGCAGCAAAAGAAGCAGAAAAAAGAAGUGACGAGAAAGAAGCCACUCCAGAUGGUGCUAUUGCAGAAUACAGACGAGAAAAGCAAAAGUAUGAAGCUCUGAGGAAGCAACAGUCAAAGAAAGGAACUUCCCGGGAAGACCAGACCCUUGCGCUGCUGAACCAGUUUAAAUCUAAACUCACUCAAGCAAUUGCUGAAACUCCUGAAAAUGACAUUUCUGAAACAGAAGUAGAAGAUGAUGAAGGAUGGAUGUCACAUGUACUUCAAUUUGAGGAUAAAAGUAGAAAAGUGAAAGACGCAAGCAUGCAAGACUCAGACACAUUUGAAAUCUAUGAUCCUCGGAAUCCAGUGAAUAAAAGAAGAAGGGAAGAAAGCAAAAAGCUGAUGAGAGAGAAAAAAGAAAGAAGAUAAAAAUCAGAGUAAUGAUAACUAGAACUUCCUGGAAAUGUGCCUGCAAUAUAUGGCCUUGUAACAGCCAUUGUUCCCACAGACAGCAAUCACUUAGGGGUGUGAAAAGAAAUAUUUUUGAACCUGUUGUCUGGUUUGAAAAAGAAUUAUCUUGUUUUGCAAAUUGUAGAAUGUUGUAAGCAAAUGC